AUGGCUGAAAAGAAACCUAAUUUUCUGAUAAUCGUCGCUGACGACUUAGGGUUUAGCGAUACAUCUCCUUAUGGAGGCGAGAUCGACACCCCUAAUCUACAACGGUUAGCUAACGAGGGAAUUCGUAUGACCGGUUUCCACACAGCUGCAUCAUGUUCUCCUACGAGAGCUAUGCUUCUGUCCGGCACAGACUCACAUAUCGCCGGGUUAGGUGUAAUGGCGGAGAAAAUAAAAAAGGCCCCGGGCAUCUUCAAAGAUAAACCUGGCUACGAAGGAUACUUGAACUAUCGUGUAGCUGCUUUAGGGGAGAUCCUUCAAGAUGCGGGAUACUUUACACUCAUGAGUGGAAAGUGGCAUCUAGGCUUGAAGAGGGAACUUGGUCCGCAUGCGAGAGGAUUUACCAAAGUACUUUCUACCCUUCCUGGAGCUGGAAACCACUUCAACCACGAGCCACAGUUAUAUGACCUUAAGGAAAAGCCGUCAGCUAUCUUUAAGGGCGAUGGGAUAUGGAUGAAACAUUCAGAGUUUAUCAACGGGAGCACAGAUCUACCUAAGGACUUCUACUCGUCUAACACAUUUACGGAUUACUUCUUAGACUUCUUAAAGGAGCGAACAACGGAUGAGCGAUCACAGCCCUUCUUCGGCUAUCUCCCAUUCACAGCCCCACACUGGCCACUACAGGCACCACAAGAAAUCAUCAAAAAGUACCAUGGCAAAUAUGAUGAUGGUCCCAUCGCAUUACGAGAUCGCAGACUCCGAAGCUUAAUCGAAAAGGGGCUCGUGCCCCCUGAUGUUGAGCCAGCUCCCAUGCAUAUGCUAAAUACCAGACCUUGGGAGGAGCUAUCAGACACAGAGAAGAGAGAAUCAUCUCGAGCCAUGGAGGUUUAUGCGGCAAUGGUUGAUCUUAUCGAUGUGAACAUCGGCCGCGUGCGGUCUUAUCUGGAAGAGACAGGUGAGCUUGAUAACACAUUUGUUGUCUUCAUAUCCGAUAAUGGGGCCGAAGGACAACUGUUGGAAGCCUUGCCCAUCUUGGCUGGCUAUACAGUAGAAGAUAUCGUUAAGAAAUACUACGACAACUCGUUAGAAAAUAUCGGUAACUACAACUCCUUCGUGUGGUACGGGCCUCAAUGGGCUGGGGCCUCAACAGCUCCAGCGCGCGGGGCAAAAUCGCACUCAACCGAGGGAGGGAUUCAUUGUCCUUGUAUCGUCAGGUAUCCGCCGGCGCUAAAACGGGGCGGGCUGGUCACCAGUACGUUUACGACGGUUAUGGAUAUCGUUCCAACCAUCCUAGACCUCGCAGGCUUGAAACACCCGAGUCCCGUUUUCCGUGGGCGCGAAGUGGUCCCUGUCCGAGGAAAGUCUUGGAGACCGGUUCUAGAGCACCCAGAAGACGAAACUAUUCAGAUAUAUAAUGACACGGAUAUCGUUGGCUGGGAACAGCUUGGAAUAGCGGCAGUCAGAGUAGGAGAAUGGAAAGCACUAUUCCUCCCUCCUCCUAAAGGUCCUGGCAAAUGGGAGCUCUACGACUUAUCCAAGGACCUCGGCGAAGUCCAUGAUCUAGCAGAAAGCCAACCGGAGAAGCUGAAGGAGAUGCUUCAUCAUUACGAGACGUACUUCCAAGAGACUGGUAUGUUCGAUUCGUACACUAUGUAUCAGGAGGCGUUGAAGCAGAGGAAAGCGGAGAAAGUGAGAGUGAAAGUGGACACCGAUCAGUAG